AGCAUUAAAACCUAGAAGGGAAACCAGAAAAUCAAAGCUAUCAAAUGUAUCUUUAAAUUAUAGUAAUAAUAAUGAAGAACGUCAAGUACUUUUGGGCUUUUUUAGUACUUCCGUUGAUCAAUUGCGCAUUACAAGAAGGAGUGACAGAAUUUUAUGACGCAGAUGGAAGUCCAGUGCAUAUGAUAGUAUCUGGAAGCGUUUUAGUGACAGAUGAACCACAUCGUUCGUCCAGAAGCCGUAUUCCUCAUACUCCUGAAAGGACGCGACCAAAAAACUCUGAAGACAUUCAGCGUGUCACUUUAAGUCAGGAAAAUGCAUCGAAACGCCAUUUACACAAACACCAUAAAAAACAUCUACCAUUAAAAAAGGACGACAUCGACGAGCCGACAAUCAUAAUCGUGAACAAAAGAGAUCGUGAUAGAGUUAAUCGUCAUCAUCACCAUCAUCACCAUGGACACGUAUCGGUUAUAAGUGCAGUGCGUGAUACUAUACCAAAGAAAGCCGUCAGACCCAUUAAAAAGACCUUGUAUCCUCCUCCAUCUAACUUGUGGCAAAUUAAUGAACAACUAGCUGAAACUGAGGAAAAGUUAAAGGCAUCCGGAAAGUUGUACGGUUUUGUGAAUCCCAAAGAUCAAAUAACGUUUGAUGCACCAGAUGAAUUGUCGUUUGCAGAAGACAAUCUCCAUCCUGAAAUUGAGACUCCGGAUGAUUCAAGCAAAUUUCGCACGAAAGAAACAGUGCCAAAGGCAAUUCCUGGCACCAACGAGAAUAGCAAAAUUCUAAAGGUACCUUCUUAUAUGUCCAUGCGAUCUUCAAGGUUAAUCUCACACGAGAAUCCUAAAAAUUUAAACAUAGAUCCCGCAUCACCUGAUAUUAAAAUUGUGGACUCUACAGCAACAGAAAGAGACAAACAAUUUGAACCUAGGAUUGAGAAUGAAAAACAUAUCGAAGCACCAAAGACCGAAAAUGAUGUUAUCGUUGCUGCAUCCAAUACCGAAAGUGAAAAACACGAACAAGCUCAGAAUGAUAGUCCUCACGAAACACCAAGACCGCAUUAUAGUGAAGAGAAGGAGCAAGAAGCGCCCCAUGCUGUAGAACAGUCGCCCGAGGAACAACAACAGUCACCACUACCACAGGAAAAGGAAAAAGAGUUUAAGCAAUUCAAGGAACAACAGAAUGUAGAACCCCCGAAAAAAGAAACACGUCUGCAGCAAAAUAAAGAGCAACCACAAGCAAACAUCGAGCAACUACAGGCACCUGCAGAGUCUCAACAACCCUCGAAAUCAUCUGCUGAGGUAGAAUCCUCAGAUGUAAAAAUGAAAGAAACAUUUGACAAAAAACCAUUAAAAAUCAUAGAUAGUCCUAAAAAUAAGGCAAAUGAUAAACUUCAAACUGAAUCUGCUGAGAAGCAGUCCCAGAAAAUUGCUUUGACUAACUACAUGCAGGCUCUUAAUAACAAAAUGAAGGAAAUAAAAAAGCUAAAAAAUGCCUCCGAAGUUCUUCUUAAUGUUCCAAAACCAGUACCACACUCACAAGAAAAUCUAGAAGACGAAAAAUCGUACGCAAAUAGCUUUCAAGAGAAAUUUUUAAAACUGUAUUCUCCUGCACAGCUUGAAGACGCUAAAGCACGUGAGCAACAAAAGCAUGCACAGGAUCAAGGUUUUAUUGAAAAGGAAAAGCCAGAACUUAAAAAGGAUCAAUCUAGCGUGAAAGAUGGUGGCGUUUUGUUUUUAGGUAACGAGCCAGCAUCAACUUUUCGACCACACGUAAAAGCACUAGUUGUGCAAACUAAAUUAAAUUCAGUAAAUUUUGAUGAUAAAGAGGCUAAAGCAAAAGAGGCAGAGACGAAAUCUCAACAAAGUAUUUCAAAGAAUCAAGGAACCAGUGAAGUCCAGCCACAUGUAAUGCAGCAGCAGCCUACAAGAAAAAUUCCUGAAAAUGAAGUUGAAAACCCUGCAGGCUUUGCUUCUUCUCAGCCUGACCAAGAAGGAAAGAUUGAACUACAACCUGCUUAUCUGGCAUCAUUUAAGCAACACCUUGCCAAAAAUAUUCAAAGUAAAUUGGGCAAGUUAGUUCAAGCUGACGAACAAAAAGCAAACCAAGGUAUGAAUAGACAAGAACAGGGUGAAGAAAAUGCUGCAGCGCAAGAAAGCAACAAAGAAGAGGUCACUGAAACAGAAAAGGAAAAUUUAGAGAAACAAGCUAUGUUAAUAAAAUCUCAAAUGAAAGAAAAACUAAAAGCACAAGCGCAAAAUUCAAGAAAAAAUAAAGAAAACCAGGAAGACGAAUAUGAGGAGCAAAAGUUAAGCAAAGGAAAAGCUCAACAAAAACAUCAUUUAAAUGUAGUGUAUCCUAGUCCAAACUUUAACGAAUUUCACUACGCUGCGCAAAAUUUAGCAAAAAACCAACCAGAUGAGGAUGAAAAUAAUAACUUAGUGAGAUUUAAUGACAAUAGAAACGCAUCUCCAUUAGAGGCUAUUCCUCCACAAGAAAGUCCACAUGUUCCAGAGCUUGUAAAACUCACGCAAAAAUUAAAAUUGAAUGCUGACGAUGAUGUUCCUGAUGUUGUUGAUAAUCAAAACGAAAAAUUAGUAUCCGCAAGAAAAAAUCCUGAAAAUGAUCAAAUUACAAUCACUGCUGAUCCAGCACCAGAAGGCGAGCAAAAGGCACACCAUUUUCAAAAGCCAGCUGCACUAACACACGAAGCAGUGCAAAAUGUACAGAGCACAUCUCAGUUGGAGCCAUCUGCAGAAGAACUUACGGUCACUCAAGGAAAACCGGAACCAUUAGUUGCUAAACCGUCGGAGACACUUGCAGAGGAAGCUUCAAUUCCUCAGGAGAAACCAAAACCGUUAUUUGCGAAACCAAUAAAACCAAAAACUUUUCUUCUUGCAGAUCCUAAUGUCAAGUUGCCUUUAAAACAAGCUGAUAUCAAUCGGAUCAAAGCUGCGCAGUACAUUUUAAAUAAGAACAGAAAUGCAAUAAAAAUGUUGAAUGAACCAGUACAGUUUCAAGUUCCCGUUGAUGUACCUUCACAAGAUGAAAAUGGAAAACAACAAAUUCAAGCUAGUUCUUUACAAUCUCCUCCUAAUCCAGAGUUAAUUGAAGCUGCGACAAACCAUCAGCAAAAUGUACUUAGUGAUGCAAAGGAUCAAAAGGAGAAACCAAAUGAAUCUUUAGAGGAUUUAUCCAAUAUUGAUGCCACCGCUGCGGUAAAAAUAAUGAGUAACCAGCAACCUGCUGAACUUACCAGUGAAGAACCAUCUAUUACCACAAAACCAUUAUAUGAUAAAGCCCAAGCUCCUCCACAUCCAGACCCAAAAGAGAAAACUGUAUUUGGUGAGAAGAUAGCCAAAGCUCCUGAAGUAAGUAACGCAAAUGCUGCUUCAUUUAAAACUCAGCUAGGAAAUAAUGACCAGUUUGAUGAUAUGCCAGCAGGUGUAAAUCAACAUGCACCAUUAUCGGCAGAUAUUUCUAGAGCACCUUUUGUCAAUGCACAAUCACCACAAAUAUCUACAGAACCUGAUGUAUGGCCAGCUGGCGUUAAUCCAGGUGCAUUACUGUCAUUCCAAAUGUCCAAUCAGGAUAGAAUAACUCCCGAGAAGGGAAAUCUACGAGGUAAAAUUCAUACAACAGCUGAUAAUUUGAAAGGUCUCAGAAUCAAUCCACAGCGUUACAACCCAAAAGUCUUGCGUAAUAUAUAUCCUCAGCAAAACUUAAACAAAAUCAAACAGGUUCCGAUUAAACAAAACAGUGUAAUGUCACUUAUAAAGCCGCGCAUUCCAACAGGUCCAAGUAUAGCUUACAAUCAAAUGUUGCCACCAGUAGUCAGAGGAGUUUAUUCUUCCAGUAAAUCAAAGUCACAAGCUAAAGCGUCGUCUUCUUCAUCUUCUAGUGCAAGUAGCAACACCAAUGCAGCUGUACAAAACGGCAAUAAAGCAAACACCAAAGCCCAAACUGGUGCUACAGCGAGACAUCAUGAAAAAAAACCUGGCCCAAACUACGGAUACGGUUCUGGUAGUGGGUAUGGAUACGGUAAAACUAGUUAUGGAUGGGGAGGUGGUGGCGGAUGGGCUGGUCAGCCACCCCCUAAAGGUAUGCCACUUCCGGGGUAUCCUUCCAACGUUCCAGCACAGAUACCUGGAUAUCCAGAUGCAGGUAGUAUUGGAAAGUAUCCAGGACAAGGAAGUGCUGCUUCCCAGCCGAGUCAACAGCAACCUAUGAAUCAAAACCAUCAGUCCUCAGUUGCUGUGGGACCUGCUUCUUCACCGCCAGGUUUUGCAAACAUUAAACAACCAGUUAAAACCAAGCAAAAUAAAUUGAACGAAAAAAUGAACAAACCUGCCAUAGCGGACAAACCAAAGAAAGUUGGUAAAACAACAAGCGUAAAAAUUAUGAAACAAAAAACAAAAACUAUGAAGAAAAUUCAAAAGCAAAAUAAAUUUGAGAAACUAAAAACAUCUAAACAAAUGCGACCAAAUCUGUUGCCAAUGGCAGAAAGCAAACCUCAACAUCGUAUGGGAGGUCCAAAAUCAGUACUACCAGACGAAUAUGAUAAAUAGUAACAAAUUUCUUGUGAUCACCAUUUUCUGGUGUACUGUUUCUCUUGAUAUUUUUUAGCUGUAAAUGAAUAAAUAUUUUUGUAAAA